ACCAACAUCACGACAUCGUUCUCGACUCAUCGCCGCAGCACAACACGAACUACACAGAGCAGAAACUCGUGCCCAACAAGGCGGUAAGGUACGCCUCGCUGUACUGGAACGACGUGUUCGCACGGAAUUGUCUCGCAUUCGUCUCGCCGUCCGUAAAGGUAAACUAGUCAGGCGCAGCCGCGCAGGGUGGAUGGGCCCACCACCGUUGGACGUGGCGAAGAGGGAACAGUGAAGCCGUGGUCACUUCGAUGUUCCCGGCUCGCCAACUGCGGACACUUCAUGGUGAUGGUCUAAGUUUGAAGAUAGCGUCGGGGGAUUCUUGGGCCUGCAGCGCGAUAGACUAGCCGAGACUAUGAGCCCCUUCGAUCCCAUCAAAUCGUCGAGCGGCCACUCAGAGACCGUCGGGUGCGGCGAGGGCAACCACAUCUGUUGAGUUUGGUCCGCUGUACCGCUGGCGUGCGCCGACGGCAAAAAAAAAGGACGUCAAACAGGUCGAGAACGUCUUUGCUCAAGUAUUUAUUUGGCGAAGAUCCCCGGAGGCUGCAGUGAGCGGCUUCGGGGCCACCAUCAGACAUUUGUGGUGCAAUUUCGUCGAUUCGAACCUGUGCAUGCGGUAAUUUGCCUCAAGCAUGCUGGCUCGUGCCGCUUGUUCGCAGACGACGACCUCGUGAACACCAUCCAGAAGGCGACCGAGGUCAUUGCAGUCGCACACCGUGCGCUGGGCUACCCCGCCAUCUUCUGCGUCGUCGAGAUCCUGGGCAUGGCACAGGGCCCGCAACAGGGGCGCACGCUCGAUGAACGAGUUCCGAACGCUCCACGGCUCGAAGUCGUUCGCAGACCUCGAGGACUGGAACCAGGACCCUGAGACCGCAGGCGUGGCGCGCCAAGUGCGCGGGAACAUUAACAAGCUAGUGCUGUACCCUUGUCCAGGUCGAGGUGACGAUGCUGCUCGCCCACGGCUCGAGCAUCUGUUGCAGGUGCACGACGAUGCGCACGAUCGUGGGAGGCGCGAUCCAUCACCGCUGUUACCUUCGAGUCACUCCCCGCGCUCAGCUCAUGAAUCUCCCUCAAUCUCACUUUCCUGGCACCCCACGACCAUCUCUCCAUGUCACGCCCCCCUGCAAAUUUAGUGGGAGCUUUCUCCGCACUGCAAAGCUUGCGCAUCUGAAAGCUUAGAGACGAUGCGUGAUUUCGAUACACUAGUCCUCUCAG